UUUCUCGUUUCCCGCGGUGUGCUGUGUGUACGUAAAAAACGCACGAGUGUGAGUUUAUCACCGCGAUCAUUUGUCGCGCGCAUACCGACCGGGCGCGUAUGCAAGAUCAUUGUUGUGUUCAGUUGGAUUACUAAAAACCGAUGGCAUUUGGGAUGCCGCCUCUGGCUGGAUGAACGUCUCGGCCUCCGGUGGAGAGGCUUACCAACCGUGAUAUCGGGACGAGGGUGACCCAGUGGACAGGGGUAUAUAGUCAGGACGCUAGAGCGUAGCGGCGGCGACAUGAAGCAUGCAGCAUGCGCGGUAGCGGUGUCACAGCUGCGCGGUCCUGCCUUCAACCUCUGGUGUCCGCCAGCCGAUACCUUGCCGUACAUGCCCUCCCCGGUGACCCUCUCUACUUUGUCGUUGAGGCCAAGUCGAGGGUAAAGGAGGUCUACGCCCAAACAUGCGUCCUGCUGGGCCAACAGGGCAUGUUAGACUGCGAAUUGUUUGGCCUAGCAAUUUUGUCUGACGGCGAGUAUCUCUUCGUGGACCCUGAAAGUAAGCUGAGCAAAUACGCGCCCAAAAAUUGGCGAAGUUCUCAUACAUACGGUCUUGACAGCAGCGGAAGACCAGCAUUUGUACUCUAUUUCCGGGUUCAGUACUACGUGGACACCCCGUUACUUUUGAGCGAUGAGACGACCCGGCACCAUUACUAUCUGCAGCUGCGCGACAACGUCGUCCGACAUGGCGGCGGGGUGGAAAGCCUCCACCCCCACCACCCCUUGCACAAACCGGGGGUUGUUGCGCCCUUGCUCGCCCUUGCAGGCCUCGCUCUUCAGGCCGACCUCGGCGACUAUUCCGAGGAGCGUCAUCGACCUCACGCCGGUUCGGUCGGUUACUGCAAAUCCACCGAUUACCUGCCACCCCACAUGUGCAUCGAGAAGAAUAUACUCAGUAUUCUUAGCGCCCAGCACCGAGAUAAUCGCGGAUUGUCACGAGAGGAAGCGGAGCUCCAAUAUAUCCGGGAGGCGGUGCUCUUGGAAGCGCCGCUCAACGCGCACCUCUACCGGCUUCGUAGGAGCAAAAAUGAAGCCGGCCCCGGACGGAUCCUGCUCGCGAUUUGCGCUCGUGGAGUCCGCGUCUACACCGAGGAAGAGACGCCUCGAGUAUUUGCCUGGAACAACAUCGGCAAACUCUGCUUUGAUCGUAAAAAGUUUGAAAUUCGGGCAGUUGACCAACCGGACAAGCUCACCUUGUAUAGUGGGUGUGAUGACAAGAGUAAAUUAUUGUUGGGACUCUGUCGAGACACCCAUCAAUUUUCCAUGGCUAUAGCACCACGACUGAGCGAGGCGAGACGUCGCGAAGAAGAAGAGCGUAAGGUGCUGCGAGACUGCUACAUGUAUCCAGCGAGGUGCAAACUCAGCCUGGCUGCACGAGGCGCUCGGAGUGACCAACGGAUCUCUGUUAUUUCAAGUACGUCUUCCAAUACAACAUCGGGCAUAGUGAGCGAUCGAGUUCACAGUGAAGAUGAACCUGAUACAGCACCAGCUUCAACCGAGUGUCUACCUCGACUCACAGAGUAUCCGAAACACACGCAACCGUCGCAAAUCAUCAACGGCACUAAUGGUGACGAACAUUCCAGACCGUCGUCUCCUGCUUCUACCGUGGACGAAGUCGACAACGUCGAAGCUGCGCCAUCAUCUGUAGCACAGCAACGCCUCGUCUCGACUGCAGGUGUAACAACGGAGGGCUCGCAGUGCAGUAGUAAUUGCAGUACAGUGGUUAUUGUCAAUGUUCCUGAUGGUCCUCCUCUACAAAUACGAAGAGCAUCUGCGACGUCAAGCCUCGAACUAGGUUACUCGCAUACGGCUCAAAAUUCAGCUGUUUCUUCGGAGACUACGAGUUUUCCUGGUGCGAUUUACGACAGGUGCAGAAAAACUGGAAAAUAUGCCGGCACUGACAUCGCAAGUGAAACAAGUGGCGUCUAUACUUUGAGAAGUAGUGAAAUGCAAGACGAACGCAACACAGAUGUGUAUUCACCCACAGGAAUCGCGAAUGUAUCUUCAGCUGCGAGCGACGUUUGUGCUAUGAGUUCGGUUCCCUCAACAACAGACGAAGCGUCAGUGACUUCCGGGUUUUACACAAUUCACAGCGGCCUGAGAUCAGAGACUAGUGGCGUCUACACGGAAGACGUAAACACAGAAGACCAAGAGCCGAUAUACAGUAUCUGCAAAGACGGUAAUCAGGUUGAGAACAGGAAUUCGGGAAUGGUCGAAGCGCUUCUUGAACAGGAGCUCGAGGACUCGAGGUCCAGGAGCAACAGCAUUUUGAGUGCUGGCAGUUUCAGGGGUGAUGGGAGCGACCCAUCGGAUGUAGGACCUCUUCUCUCCGCAGACGAACUGUCCGAUUUAAUCGUUGGUAGAUAUCCGCCUCGCAAGACGAUCAGCAAUUCCAUGGACUCGGACUGCGACUAUGUAACCCUUCCGCCUCCGCCACCACCUCCUAGAACUGACAGUGACAGGCAGCUCCCUCUGCCUCCACCGUAUCCUGUGAGCGGAGAUUACGCGACGAUUAAAUCGCCGAUGAGCGAAGCUUCCAUCGAACGAGAACCGCCGCCACCGCCUCCCUACAACGCUGUUCGAGGGGAUUUCGUUCCUCUGCCUCCCCGAAGGUCCGAGCCUCCGCCGCCUCCUCCCUACACGGCACCGAGAGAAAGGAUUCAGAUCCCUCCGCCGACUCCUCCGAGGAACGACGCGGUCACUCCAAGAGAGCCUCCACCGCCGCCGCCAUACCCUGAAAUUCCAGAGCAUCAGGAUGGCGUUUCGACGCUCUACGAUAAGAACGGCGAGGAAAAUGGUCCCAAAGUUACGGCCGGCAAGUCGUACGGCAGUCUGAAUAGAAGCAACGCCGUUUCGACAUCGUCGUCAAACUUCUCUUCGGGGAUCGCGACGAACGCUGUUCAGACCGCAGCACCGAAACCACCGCCUAGAAUCCAACCGCCGACUUAUCCUGGUGACAAAAUGAAACCCACUCCGGUUCACGCUCCUGUAGCCGCGCUCGUCGUUGGGCCGAAUAAUUAUUUGGACGUCCACGCUUCGCGGGGUGGACCCUUGCUUCUUCCUUACCUCGCACCGCCUCCUCCGCCUGCGACGCAUCCCAGACAACCGCCUCCGCCGCCGCCCAGCUUAGCGACUGUGUACACAAGUCAGGUAGCGAGAUCUCAGAUCGAACAGUACAAGCAACAGUUGUACUCCGACGUUGACUUCGUCAUGUUUCCGCUGAAGGAUCCGGCCGUUUCUAAGCAGGAGUACAUUGACGCUAAGCAAGGAUCGCUGAUUGCAGCAAUGGCGGCUUACCCUCCGCCGCCUUACCCUGCCUUCAACAGUAAGUCGUCCGUCGUUUAUCGCAGCACCCCUUAUCUGCCGGGGUCUUCGUUCUCGUCACCAUCCAAAUACGCUUCUAACCAGAAUUUGAGUAUCGGCGGCGAUUCUUCCGGGGGUAAUUACUUGCCGCAAAGCAAUGUGAGCAGCCACUACGCGGCGAGCACGAGCUCUUUGUACAGCGGAGCGACCUGCUCAUCUGGAGGGAGCCACAGUCUUCGAAGAGAACCUCCUGCUCCUACGCAUCCUCAUGCUCUGCAUGGAUUUUCCAGAACUAGAAGCGACGAUAAUAUACUUAAAAGCUUUGACUUGUCGCUGAACACUAGGGUUCCGUCUUUGUUGCAGCCGAAACAUCGACGGUUGCCACCGCCACCGCCUCCACCUCCUUAUGAGAUUCAGACUUUGGAAAAGAGUCAACCACUUCCAUCGACCUCCUCAUCGUCGAUAAAUACGACGAAGUUGAAUAGUUCGGCCAUGCGAAUGUCGGAAAGGGACGAUGGUAAGGAUGACGGGAUGUUGGACAUACGAACCUUGCGUGAAAAAAGUCGAAAUCUGGACUUGCCACUAAUAUCGGCGCUCUGCAAUGAUCGGUACCUUCUGAAACAAACGAACGCUUUUGUCCUACCCAAGCACCCGACCGAAGCCAACGUUUCAUCUUCGAAAACGAGCUCGAGGAGCAAUAGCGGGACUUCAAGUAGAAACAAGUACCCAGUGAGCGGUUUAUCCACAACACAAAUUUCCAAACCCCCUAGGAAACCCUCGACAAGCACUCACAGGCAUCCCGGAGAAGCCAAAGGAAAUGCUUACAGAUUACUGGCCACUCCUGGGCCGUCGCCUGCCAAAAAGGAUCCCGCAAGAGCGUCGCAUUCAUAGUUCAGCGAUGCAGUGAUUUCUAUCUCUAGAACAUCGUUUGGCAUCUGCAGAAUUUUUACUGUACUUAUCUUGACGUGGAUUGAGGCCAUGAACUGCCAGAGGUAGGUCUCUGUGGCGAGUUUUCGGAUUUGAAUUCCC